CCGGCGGACCUGGCGGGGUGGGCCGGGGACGCGAGGCGGAGCGGGGCCCCACGCAGGCCGCGGCGGCUGGCUCGGGCCCCUACGGUCCCGGCGGCGGCUGGAGGAGGAAGCCAGACGGCUGGAAGAAGAGGGGAGGAGGAGGAGGAGGCCGAGGCUGGAGCGCCGCUCGCCACAGACUCACUUCCCCGGCUCAGCAGGGAAAGGUUCCUAGGAGGCCAGUGCGGACGGUAUGCAAAGUUGUGAAUCCAGUGGCGACAGUGCGAAUGACCCUCUCAGUCGUGGCCUACGGAGAAGGGGACAGCCUCGCGUGGUGGUGAUCGGUGCUGGCUUGGCUGGCCUGGCUGCGGCCAAAGCACUUCUGGAGCAGGGCUUCACGGAUGUCACUGUGCUCGAGGCUUCCACCUGCAUCGGAGGCCGCGUGCAGAGCGUGAAACUCGGACACGCCACCUUUGAGUUGGGAGCCACCUGGAUCCAUGGCUCCCAUGGGAAUCCCAUCUAUCAUCUAGCAGAAGCCAAUGGCCUUCUGGAAGAGACAACUGAUGGGGAGCGCAGCGUGGGCCGUAUCAGCCUCUACUCCAAGAAUGGCGUGGCCUGCUACCUCACCAACCGUGGCCACAGGAUCCCCAAGGACGUGGUUGAGGAAUUCAGUGAUUUAUACAACGAGGUCUAUAACUUGACCCAGGAGUUCUUCCGGCAUGGUAAACCAGUCAAUGCUGAGAGUCAGAACAGCGUGGGGGUGUUCACCCGGGAGGAGGUGCGCAACCGCAUCAGGGAUGACCCUGACGACCCUGAGGCCACCAAGUGCCUGAAACUCGCCAUGAUCCAGCAGUACCUGAAGGUGGAGAGCUGUGAGAGUAGCUCGCACAGCAUGGACGAUGUGUCCCUGAGUGCCUUUGGGGAGUGGACCGAGAUCCCCGGGGCCCACCAUAUCAUCCCUUCGGGCUUCAUUCGGGUUGUGGAGCUGCUGGCCGAGGGCAUCCCCGCCCACGUCAUCCAGCUGGGGAAACCCGUCCGUUGUGUGCACUGGGACCAGGCCUCGGCUCGCCCCCGGGGUCCUGAGAUUGAGCCCCGGGGCGAGGGUGACCACAACCUUGACGCCGGGGAGGGCGGCCAGGGGGGAGAGGAGCCCCGGGGGGAUGGGCGGGAUGAGGACGAGCAGUGGCCGGUGCUGGUGGAGUGUGAGGACUGCGAGGUGAUCCCGGCGGACCACGUGAUCGUGACCGUGUCGCUGGGCGUGCUCAAGAGGCAGUACACCAGCUUCUUCCGGCCGGGCCUGCCCACCGAGAAGGUGGCCGCCAUCCACCGCCUGGGCAUCGGCACCACCGACAAGAUCUUUCUGGAAUUCGAGGAGCCCUUCUGGGGCCCCGAGUGCAACAGCAUACAGUUUGUGUGGGAGGAUGAGGCGGAGAGCGGCACCCUCACCUACCCGCCUGAGCUCUGGUACCGCAAGAUCUGCGGCUUCGAUGUCCUCUACCCGCCCGAGCGCUACGGCCACGUGCUGAGCGGCUGGAUCUGCGGCGAGGAGGCCCUCGUCAUGGAGAAGUGCGACGACGAGGCGGUGGCCGAGAUCUGCACGGAGAUGCUGCGGCAGUUCACAGGAAAUCGAGGGACCCAGAGAGAUGAGCUGUUUUGCUGGGCGGUCCGCAGGGAGGCACUGAAGGGCCAACAGCUAGAGCCCCCAGCCUCUCCACCCCUCUUCCUGCGUCCCCCUGCCUGCUGGCGGGGGCUGGCCUUGCAGCCAGGGAGGUGGAGUGCCAGUUGUCCGCUCAGGGGUGUCCUCUGUGUGCAGCUAUUUAUCAUCUUCCUUCCCCUCGGCUCUUGCGACUUCCCAACAGGGAACCCCAACAUUCCAAAACCUCGGCGAAUCCUGCGCUCGGCCUGGGGCAGCAACCCCUACUUCCGAGGCUCCUAUUCGUACACGCAGGUGGGAUCUAGUGGGGCAGAUGUGGAGAAGCUGGCCAAGCCCCUGCCAUACACCGAGAGCUCCAAGUUGGCGGGCCCACGUUGAUGGAGCAUCUCAUGGUAGAUGGAAAAGAGAGAUACUGGAACAUCUUAACAUUUCUACUCAGAAGUGGCAUAUGUUAUUUCUAUUUACAUUUUAUUGGUCAAAGCAAAUCAGUGGCUGAACUUGCUUGAUGUCAGUGAAUAGGCAUAUAAUCUUCCUGCAGAAAAGUACCCAGCAGGUUGGGGCAGCAAAUGUUUUCAUAAUUAUAAUACAAUCUAUCAUACUGGUCAUGACAUAUUAUUAUUUUAAUAUGCUGAUGGAUUUCACGUGCAAAUAUUUAUUUAGGCUUUUGCAUCUAUGUUCACAAGUGACCUAAGAUUUUUUAUCUUAGGCUUUCCAGGGCUUUUCUUUCUUCCCCUCUUGGGCUUUUAAAAUAAUUUGGGUAGCUUUGCAUCUUUUUACUAUAUGCAUUAGAAAAGUGUGUAUAGAAUGUUAAAUAUAUGGUUCCUGGAGGUUUAAAGAACUUACUUGCAAAACUGGUUGCAUUUGGGUUUUUUGGAAGUAGAACUUUGAUGUUUUAAUUUCUUUUAUGAUCACAUUCUGUUAACGUUUUCUACUUUUGGGGGGGGAUGCAAUUUUGGUGAUUUAUAUUUUCUUAGAAAAUCAGCCUUUUCAUGAUGGUUUAAACAUUUACUGCUUUCAAAUUGUUCACAGUAUUCUCUGGGACUUAAGUUAUAGCCCCUUUUUGUUUCAGAUUUAUUCUUUUUCAUUGUGUUUAUGUUGACUGGGCUUUUUCGAAGGGUACUGUUUUAAAAGAAGAAUUCAUUCAUUCAUGUCUGGGAAUAUUUGCCUCUUGCCUUUAUGCCUGUAUGAUACCCUAUUUGGGUCAGAAAACCACAGUCUCUCUUUAUAACUCUUUUCUUCAACACACAUGUACAAUAGGAUCUCAUUUGCUUCUCAUGGAAAAUGUAAGUCCCCAGUAACAGACGGAGGAACCUGGGGCUUGGGGUGGUGGGGUCCUUGUUCUAGGCCACAUGAGUGGGUGUUCCAGUCUGGGCCAUUGUUUGUUCAGGCUCAGAGCAAGAACUAGAUUGGUAUUGCCACUGUGGUAGAUGAUGACAAAAGUUCUUCCCUCCUCCCUGUGACCCCAUGCUUUGCCACGUGACUUUGUAUCUCCUCCCACUAAAGAGGUUACUAUGGGUUGAAUUGUGUCCCCCACAAACAUUCAUAUGUUGAUGUCCUAACCCAGCCACUUGUGAUAGAGUGGAAGAUUAUUCAGCAAAUGUUCAAUCACUUUCCUUUCCCUCUGGGAGCAGAGUUUCUUUUCCUGCAUAAUCACUUUAGGCUUGGCCAUCUGACUUGUUUUGCCCAGUGGAACGUGAACAGACAUGACAUGAUGUGAUAUGAGCAGAAGUUUUAAACGUUUGCACAGUUGGGUUUCACUUCUCAUGCACUUGCCAUUUGUCAUGGGAAGAAUGUGCCCCUGAUAGCUGAUGUUUCCUGGAGAGUAUGGAGAAAAAUGGAAUAGAUCUGUGUCCAUAGAAGCCUGGAACCAAACCUAGGACCUGCAGACAGACACAUGAACAAGAAAUACAAAUGCUUGCUCUUGUAACCCGUGAAUUUAUGGGUGGUUUGUUUUGCAGCAUUAUUGUGGCAAUAGCUGACUGAUACACCUCUCUCUGGGGAGUCACUCAGCCCAAAGGGGAUAUUUCUAGGCACUGAUGAUAGAACAAGCAGUGGGCCCAUAGGUGGGGGAGCCACCCAGGGUACAAGGGUGGCUCAGUCCCACAAAGGGGCCUGGCAGAAACGGGCCAAGGGAUUCAGUUCCCUGGAGGAUGCAUUUCAUGGCUUGACUCUGGCUCAAAGAGUUGGAGGAGACAGAAGUCAGUGGGCAUUCUUUUAGUUCUGUUCUAUCAGACUGAGGAGAGAUCUUCUAUCCCAAACUACCCAGUUCUCAGCUAAUGAGGAAGAACUUUGUUCUAGAAAUUCAGAGCUGAUGGCUACUCCUCUUCCAUCAAAUGGAACAUCUGAGAAGCUCUGCUGUCCUACUCUGCUCUCAGGUCUCUUUUGACCCCAGAGCCACAAACCUGGACAGUCCAGUGAGCAUGAAGUCUUUGCUGAAUUUACAAAUGGUUGACUGAUAUCCUUACUCUACAGAUCUGUUUUGAAUUUCUAUCCUCUUUUUAGGUCUUUGUUGGUGUUUUAAGGGGAGGGCUCU